AUGGGCAAGAAACGGUUUAAUGUGAAGGGUAGACGAAAAGUUGAGACUAUUAUCGACAACACAGAAGUGAAAAAGAUUGAAUUAGAUUUUGAGUCAAAAAACGAGGAUGAGUACAAGACAACAGCCGACGACGAUAACCUUUUAGUGCUUCCAUCUAAGAAAAGAGCUACAAAAAUAAGGAAAGAAGCAACUGUCACUAAGAUUUUGUCAAGAAAACAGCGAAAAAGGCUUGAAAAAAUCGUUGAAAAAAAGAAAAAGAAGGAAAAUAGAGCAUCACUGAUCGAAGCCCUAGCAAGUGUUCAAAUCCCAGCCAGUGAAUUAAAGCAAUACACAAAACUUACAAGUGUACAAACAAAAGGUCUCAAAAAGCACUUCCAUGAACAGAAAUUCGGUACGAAAGAGAAAAGAGGAAGUGAAAAUACAGUAAAUGAAAACGAUAAAGCAGGAAGUACAGUCCGUGGUGUAAAAAGAACAAUUACAAUCGAUGAUUCAAGUGAAAGUGAGGAGGUUCCGAAAAAGAUUCGGGAUUAUAAUGUUAUUGGUGUGAAUCAGAGUGAUUCUGAGAGUGAGAGUGACGAGGAAUUGCAGGAAAGUGAGACAAAAGUUGUGGAUCAAGCUGAAGUUAAAGAACCAGAAGAUCCAGUGGCUGAAAUCAAAGAUCCAGUAGAAAUUUCAAAAGAUCCAGUAAAAGCAAAUGAGGUCCCAAAGCAGCUUCCAGUUGAAAAAAAGCCAGCAACAUACAUCCACGUUGAGCGUGAUCAAGAGAUUCAAAUAGCUAGAUUAAAGCUUCCAAUUAUUGCAGAAGAACAAGUCAUAAUGGAGACAAUAAGUGAAAAUACAGUCAUAAUUUUAGCUGGAUCAACUGGAAGUGGUAAAACAACUCAGGUUCCUCAAUUCCUUUAUGAAGCUGGAUAUGCUGAAAAUGGUAAAAUUAUUGGAGUUACAGAACCGAGAAGAGUUGCUGCAAUUUCUAUGUCUAAACGUGUUGGUCGGGAAAUGAAUUUAUCAACAGAUAUUGUCAGCUAUUUAAUACGUUUUGAGGGAAAUUGCACACCAGAGACAAAAAUAAAAUUCAUGACUGACGGUGUCUUAUUGAAGGAAGUUGAAAGUGACUUUUUAUUGCUAAAAUAUUCCGUAAUAAUCCUCGAUGAAGCUCACGAAAGAAGCGCUUACACAGACAUUUUAAUUGGAUUACUUUCAAGAAUUAUUCAGCUCAGAAAUAAGAAAGGAAAUCCAUUAAAAUUAAUAAUCAUGUCUGCAACAUUGAGAGUUGAGGACUUUACAAAGAAUUUAAAGCUUUUUAAGGAACCGCCUCCAGUAAUAAAUGUUGAAUCUCGUCAAUUUCCAGUCACUGUUCACUUCAAUAAAGUCACAGCUGAAGAUUAUGCUCGAGAAGCUUUAAUUAAAACAAUUAAAAUUCAUACAAAACUUCCCGAAGGUGGAAUUCUCGUGUUUUUGACUGGUCAGCAAGAAGUGAAAUAUUUGGUCAAUAAAUUACGCAAAUUAUUUCCAUUUUACGGCAAUAAAAAUGCAAAAAAAGAAGAAAUUAAAACAGAAUCAGAACAACAACUUAAUUAUUCUGAUGACGAGGAACUAGACCAAAUCCUGAACAUCAGAAAAGCAAUAAAACAUCAAAAGAAAAAUAAGAAAAACUUAAUUUCCCAGAUGACACUUCCAAAAGUUAAUCUUGAUGACUUUCAAAUGCCUGGGGAUGAUACAGAAGCUGAUUUCAAUGAGGAUCAAGACAUGCUGGAUGAGAACUUUGAGGAACAAGACGAAAUUGACGAGAAACUUAAUGAAAUGAUGACAGGAACUGGAAAUUCACAACCUUUAUGGGUUCUUCCACUUUAUUCACUUUUACCCAGUCACAAGCAAGCAAGAGUAUUUGAGCCACCGCCCGAAGGAACUAGAUUAUGUGUCGUAUCCACAAAUGUCGCUGAAACGUCAUUGACUAUUCCAGAUGUUAAAUAUGUCGUCGAUUCAGGCAGACAAAAAACCAAAUUUUAUGAUAAAGUUACGGGCGUAAAUGCAUUCGUUGUAACUUUUACAAGUAAAGCAGCUGCUGAUCAGCGAGCUGGUCGUGCUGGACGUGUUGCUCCUGGACAUUGUUAUCGUCUCUAUUCUAGUGCUGUUUAUAGCAAUCAAUUUGUACAAUUUUCACCACCAGAAAUUCAAGAAAAACCAAUUGAUGGACUUGUGCUGCAAAUGAAGGCAAUGGGUAUUGAAAAAGUCAUCAACUUUCCAUUUCCAUCGCCUCCUGAUCGUGUCCAACUUGAAGUGGCUGAAAAAAGACUUAAAAUUCUUGGUGCUUUAGAUAAUCAGGAAGUAUCCAAAAUAACCAAAUUAGGCUCAUCAAUAGCUUCAUUUCCUGUUAAUCCACGUUAUGGAAAAAUGUUGGCACUUAGUCAUCAACAAAAUCUUUUGGAAUAUACAAUUUGUAUUGUUGCUGCUUUGAGUGUCCAGGAAGUGCUUCAGGAGGUUCCAUUAUCUGGAGAAAAUGGUGAAAAAGACACAAAAUGGAGGACAAAAAGACGUGGAUGGGCUGGAAAUGGAAAUUCUUUAUAUCUUGGUGAUCCAAUGAUUUUAUUAAAGGCCAUUGGAGCUGCUGAAUAUGCUCAUUCGCAGAAUAAAUUACAAAACUUUUGUGAUGAAAAUGGAUUGAGGAUGAAAGGAGUUCAAGAAAUAAGAAAAUUAAGAGUUCAGUUAACUAAUGAAGUCAACCUUAAUGUCCCUAAUUUGUCGCUUGCUGUAAAUCCAAAAAUGGAACCGCCAACAGAUCAACAAGCAAAAUUAUUAAGGCAAAUUCUGAUGUCAGGUUUGGGCGAUCAAGUUGCAAGGAAAAUUCCAGACGAUGAAAUUAAAUUGAAGGAAGACAAGCACAAGUUUAAACAUGCUUAUCAAAUUCCGGAUGUUGAGGAGCCAGUCUUCAUGCAUUCAUGCUCAAUUCUUAAGAAAAAGCAGCCUGAAUGGGUAAUUUAUCAGGAAAUUUUCGAGACUAGAAAUGGCGACAGCACUAAAAUGUUUAUUCGAGGCAUUACAGCAAUUGAGCCUGAAUGGCUGCUUAAAUUUGCACCGGCACUUUGUAAUUUCACAAAAACUUUAGAGGAACCGGAACCGCGCUAUGAUUCAGAUGAUGAUAAAAUUUAUUGUCAUGUAAAAGCAACUUUUGGACGUUCAGGAUGGGAAUUGCCAAUUGCUGAGAUGGAAAUGCCUGAAUCACUUGACAAAUAUCGACAUUUUGGAAAGUUUUUGCUUGAAGGUGCUGUUUUUGAGAAGCUUGCUGAAUUUAAGAAGAAUUUAUUAAGCACGCCGUCAACAAUGAUUAAAAGUUGGUCUAAACUUGUUCCUAGGACUGAGACAAUGAUGAAUGCAUUAGCUAAUAAGCAGGUUGACAGCAGAAAGAAGCUGGUAAAAGAAUUGAAGGAGAAUUCAAAUUAUUUACUGAAACAAUACCUGAUGUGGAUACCAGAAGCACUUCAAUAUAAAGUAACAACAACAUGGUCCGAAUUGUUGAAUUAA